UGGAGGCGGCGGGCGGCAGCGCUACGCGUACAACUGGUAGUAAUCGCAGAACAUCAGUGCUGUCAAGAAGGAUACGGGCGUUUUCGAGCCGUGUCCUGUAAAGAACUUAACAACAAAAUGUAAUCGCGCGACGACUAUGAACAACACUGGCGAUUUUUACGGCGGAUUUACUAUGACCUACAGCAGGUGACCCAAUCGUGCAAGAUGUCUCUGGACGCCGAGCGGCAGUUCCUCUGCCCCCGACUGAUUGACUAUUUGGUCAUCGUCGGGGUGCGCCCGGCGAAUUCUGUGCGACCAAGCACAAAUCCAUCUAUACAGUCGCCGGAACUAUUAAGGCGCUACCCGACCAAUGACCAUAAAGACUUUCCGAUGCCCCUGGAUAUGGUGUAUUUUUGCCAACCGGAAGGUUGCUCAUCCGUGGGUCCUCGACGAACAGCUCUGCGAGAACCGUCAUCGUUUGUCUUCAUGCUGACGGAUAAAGAUUCAGGCCGAACUAGAUUCGGCAUCUGCGUUAAUUUCUAUCGACCAAUUGAACGUGGUCCCGCAAAUGCCCAAAACACGCGUCGAGGUUCCUCUGUUCUACGAAGAGACUCCUGGCGAAAGAGUAUGGAAAAAAGUUCGGAUUCAGCGUUCUCCAGUGAUUAUCGCAGCAGUAAUGUGGGACCCAGCGAUUCGGAAAAAGACUGUCCGAGUAGACGCGACUCUGAAGUGCCGAAUUCUACAAUACAACCUCCCAGAUUGGGAGUUACAGCUCCCAGUAAUGAUUCGGAAAGUGGUGGUAGUCACACUCCAUCUCCUCGUGCGAGUAGGAAACGCCAACGCAUUCGUAAUCAUUCAUUAACAUCGCUUUGUAUACUUUCGCAUCAUCCGUUCUUCAGCUCGUUCCGUGAGUGUUUAUUCAUCCUCAAGAAAUUGAUUGACGCAUGCAAUGAAAGUUCGAGCCCACGAAGCGUGGGUGGAUCAAAGCAGGUUGGCAGAGACACCGUGUGGAGUAUCCUGACCGGCCAGGCAACAGAAGCGACUCCCUCUAUUGUCCUGCAUGACGUCAGAGAAAUCGAGACAUGGAUACUACGUUUGCUAUCCGCGCCAGUGCCAAUACCGGGGAAGACAAAAGUGUCGAUGGAAAUUUUAUCGCCCAGCGUUUACGACUCAUUGGUUUUUGCUUUACCCGAUCAUACAAGGUUCACCUUAAUUGACUUCCCCUUACACUUACCCUUGGAACUGCUUGGAGUGGACACAUGCCUCAAGGUCCUCACGCUUAUUCUACUGGAGAACAAAGUGGUGCUUCAGUCAAGGGACUACAACGCACUCUCAAUGUCUGUGAUGGCCUUCGUGACAAUGAUCUACCCCCUGGAGUAUAUGUUCCCUGUGAUUCCACUGUUACCCACCUGCAUGAGUUGCGCCGAACAACUUUUGUUAGCACCAACGCCGUUUGUCAUUGGAUUACCGGCGAGUUUCCUGAUGUACAAAAAGAACUUCAAACUUCCCGAUGAUAUCUGGUUGGUGGAUCUGGAUUCAUGCAAGUUGACUUCACCGGCUGAAAUACCUCCGUUGCCGGAACCAGAAGGGACCAUUCUUAAGAACCAUCUGAAACAGGCCAUGCAACUCAUGGACCAGGCGGGCAGCGGCGCACUUACUGGUUUGUCAACGCCAUCGGCCAACACUCAACAGCAAUUACAACCUUCAAGGCGUGAAUCCUUGUCGAUGAACACUUUAAGUGUUUCUUCUGCUAGGAAGUCCCCUGACAUGUCGCCCACACCUCCAACGAUACCAAUCACACGCCAUACUGGCAACUCGCCAACGCCGCCCAGUGCUUCGCCACGCUCGUCGAUAACACCCAUUCCACCUCCAACCAGUUCACUUGCCUUCAACCCAUUUAUCUACGGCAAUGAUGUUGAUUCCGUAGACGUCGCAACCCGGGUCGCGAUGGUAAAGUUCUUCAACUCGCAGAACUUGCUCGCAAACUUUUCGGAGCACACGCGAACCCUGCGCUUAUAUCCACGACCAGUGGUUGCGUUUCAGAUCAAUAGCUUCCUACGGUCACGACCGAGAGCGUCACAAUUUCUAAAUAGGUUUGCGCGCACGCAGGCGGUUGAGUUCCUUGCUGAAUGGUCGUUGACUCCAACGAACGUUGCAUUCCAGAGAGUGCAUACGGGAGUGCUAGAUCCUGGUCAGAUCGGAGACAAACCCAAGUGGUAUCUGCAUACAUUAGACCCGAUUCAUUUUGUGGUCUGGGACGAUGGAAGUUCUUUAAAUGGAGCAUUGAGAAGUUUACAGAAUAUGGAGAAUCAACCUACUGAUGAAUCCGGAUCAGAUUCCGAAGGUGCUGAUAGUACCAGCUCAAGUUAUUCAUCACUAUCUGAUUUUGUGUCUGAAAUGGCUUCCUCUGACCUAUCACCUGGUUAUUCAGCGUCGUAUGCGGAGUCUCGAAAGUUAGCACAAAAUAUGUCAUUGUCUAGUAACUUGGACCCUCUUUUGGUAUAUCAUCCACCAUCACAGUUGCAAUAUCCCGAUGGUGAGAUACCAGAUGAUCGUCCUGGAUCCGCACAAAGCUCAUCAAGUAGUACCCAGUCUGAUUUAUCAUCGCCUUCAUUCAAUCGUGAUUCUGAGUUUGAAUUCGGUAAAAAACAAGAGGCCCAAACAAAAGAUUCUAAAGAACGUGAGGAAAGUGGAAGUUUAGAAAACGAAUCUGAUUCCAAUUCCACGACGACUCCAAAAACUAUCGUUAGUGCUGGGAUGAAACCAGACUCUCCAAAUAGUGAUGUUGACAAUAGAAAUGCACGAAAAACUCGCUCAGGAAAAUCAAUAACACCAGUACCACCGAUCAGUCCGGUGCCGUUGCAACGUCAACCCAGCGUUGGUAAUGUUCUAGCCAGAACAUCAAGUUUCAGCAGUACAUCAGGCUCACCACAAUGCAGCCCAGCUCCUUCAUCAGCUCACAGUGUCACACGGCAGUCAUCACAAAACUCACUCUUCGAACAAUUUGCUUCACAGGCCAAGGAAUUAGUUAAGGAACAAACUCGUCAGAGUAGUCAAGAUGGUCUCCUGGCCCAAAUGGAUAAAUUAAAAAUACAAGCCAAAGGAAAACUAACAGAAGCUGAAGAGAGUCAUAUUUUUGCACCACUGGAUAAAUUCACUAAAGAAACCAAGAAAGCUGUUGAGGAAGCUUCGAAAUCUGUACAAGAAGCUUCAAAAACUGCAUUGGAAGCAAGUAAAACCGCAGCGGCAGUGUCUAAAAAUACAGUAGAAGACUUAACAUACGUUGGAAAAUCUACAAUUGGAGAUUUGACCAAAAGUGCAAAAGAAGUAGUAUCAAAGAAAGGUUUACUCCGAGGCGACUCGUUUAAUAAAGCUGAUGAACGUCGAGCGUCAACCACCAGUACAUCUUUGGUUCAGGCUAGUUCAGGUUUAUUGGCUGGAACAAGCAGAGACUUCUUGUCAAAUAUUAGCUCCGAUCUCAAUGGAAUUGCUGCUUCAACAACGAGCAUGUUUUCUGGAAUAUUUGGUAAUAAAAAGGCACAACAACAACAGCAACAAAUUCAACAAGCUCAGGCGCAACAACAAACGCAACAGAUGCAAUUGAAAGCAAAAGAAACAAAUAAAACCGGCGUGUUUGGGCCGUUCCCACGUGGUCCCAAAGGAUUGGUUGAAAAGAGUCCUUUGAUUAAACACACUCCCAGCAAACGCUCCGAUGAAUUCCAGCGAAAGCAAUCAAUCGAUCGCACUACUACGAACGCUGAAAACCAAUUGUUUCUCAAAGAUGUGGUCAAUCAAAUCCUCGAGGGCGAGGGCGUAGGUUGGCUGAAAUUAAAUCGUUUGAAGAAGCUCAUGGAGGACGAAUCUUAUCGCAACUUUGUAGUCAGUAAACUGAAUAAAACACUCGAGAGGAAAAUCUCGCCUGAUGAUCACAUUGACGACGUGUGUGUGCCGAAGGCGGUGUGGAAAGGGAUGCUCAAGGCUCUGCAGGCCGUGACGCACGGCCUCGAAGUAACCUAUAGUAAUUACGGACUGGGCGGAAUGGCAUCAGCGUUCCAAUUGCAAGAGAUAUCCCACACACACUACUGGUCCAAGGAUUUCAAUGAGAGUUCCGUAAUGGAUCAAUUGACUACACAAAGUUCCAGUCCGCGGUCGCCACAAUCUCCGCGAUCAUCAAUUCAAUUAGACUGGGAUUCACGAAAGUCAUCACAUUCGGAAGCACCCGAAGUGCGACUUCAAUCUGGGGCUGAGGAUGAUCCCGAAGGGCAUCAUUCCACAGCUGAAAUGUUCAAGGAUAUGCUCAAUCAGAAGAAAAACAUGCUGCUCAGUAAACUUACCUCGUUUGAAUCAGAUGCCGAAGGUACGAUGCAUGGUUCCGGCGGCACCCUGUCGCCGGGCGGGUCGAUUACCACCGGACCCGCGUGCGGCUUGAACCGUGGCGGGCCGCAAGCCUCCUUCCGCUCUACCGUCUCGGACACAGAGGUCGAAACACUACAGUUUCCAAAAAUUCCUAAACAAAGAACCUCCAGCGUCUGGUCGAGCAAGUCAUCACUAAGCACAGGAUUCAGAUAUCACGGGGGUCACAUGGUCAACACAGCAAACACACCGUCACCAGACUCUCAAAGGACCUAUUUGUUUGAAGGAUUAAUUGGCAAAGAAAGGUCAACCCUCUGGGACCAAAUGCAAUUCUGGGAGGAUGCAUUCCUCGAUGCGGUCUCACAAGAGCGUGACAUGAUCGGAAUGGAUCAAGGUCCUCGAGAAAUGAUGGAACGUUACAAAGCUUUAAGUGAAACUGAACGCAAGCGAUUAGAACACGACGAAGAUCGACUUCUAAGCACCAUGUUGUAUAACCUGACCGCCAUUUUGGUAAUGCUCAAAGUAAACAAAGCGGAGUUAAAGAGAAAGAUCCGGAGGCUGCUUGGUAAAAGCCACAUUGGUUUGGUCUACAGUCAAGAAGUCAAUCUACUAUUGGACCAGAUUAAUAACUUGCAUGGAAAUGACAUUGACUUGAAACCCUUGGGAUCGAGAUUAUUGCACCGUCAAAGCUUCACAGUACAUCAAGGAAUUGAUGGUGGAGGCGAGUUGAGGUUCCUAGAAGUUCGUGAUGAUGGUCUCGUGUUAAGGAGUACCAAUGGCAUCAUCGUAGAACGAUGGUGGUAUGAACGGCUUGUCAACAUGACCUACAGCCCCAAAAACAAAGUAUUGUGUCUUUGGAGACGCAACGGACAACAAACCCAACUACAUAAAUAUUAUACAAAGAAGUGUAAACAACUUUAUUACUGUAUAAAAGACGCAAUGGAACGCGGUGGGAUUGCCGGAAGUGCUCCGGAACUCGGCGGUGAAUUUCCCGUUCAAGACAUGAGCACCGGAGAAGGUGGUUUACUGCAAGUGUGCAUGGAGGGUGUCGGACUACUCUUCGCAACGAGCAAGUUCUUCGUGCGCAUCGAUCACAUUCGGAAAUGCUUUACACAAAAGGGUGGCAUUUUUGUUUUGGAAGAAUUUAAUCCAAAAACCAGACAAGUUAUUCAAAGAAGAUAUAAAUCUUCAAUGGCUGAUCAGAUCUGCUACGCAGUCCUCUGCGUCUUCUCCUACGUAGCAGCUGGUUCAGAUAAGAAGUUCCAACUCCCAAAACCCCCACCUAGUCUGGACGUACAGGUUACCACUGCUCCGGAACCACUGGCGACGACACAAGAAGAACCCGAAUUGCUCGCCGAUGCGGAUAAGCUGAGAGGUGAUGUUAGAACUGAGUUUGACAUGGCAACGAUGCAAAUCCCAGUGAGUCCCGAACCAGGUACGGUCACCCCGGUUGGCGGACCUCCUGCAUACCCGCCACCCGCACUGCCACCGGGUGUCCAACCUCCAGCACCACCUCCCGGCAAGGUUCUCACGAGCAGGCCGAACGUCCCACCGCCGGUACCGCACCGGCAAGGGUCUGUGAGCACUGGGGCACCGCCGCCUCCGCCCAGACCUAAAUGAUGCGACCAAUCCAACCAGAAUGCAAAUGACAGUAUUACAGAUUACGACUCGAACGUCAUCGAAUCCGACGACGAGGAUCAACUCUCCGCAUUCAGCAAGGACCGUAGAAUAAUAUCAUCAUGUUUACCCUGGAAUGUAAACCUGACAAAAAUUAAUUUCUAACAUAUCAUCCAUUUUGUUAACACUUAAAACUAACCCAAUUUGUAAAUGUUGUAAAGUCAAGAUAUAUAGUGUCUUCAAUGAGUUUUCUAACUCAUUGAACAUAUUUUCUUUAACGUCAUUCAUUUAGUUGUUGACUUUAUAAUAUAUAGUUAGUUAUAUAGCAAUAACUAUCAUCAGGCAUUUGUAAAUAUGAAAAAUGCAAAAGCAGAUAAACUAAAACUUAACUAAAUGAAGAUGUACAUGUGUUAAACAAGAUAUAUAAUCGAAAUUUUUAGCAAGAAAAUAUUACUUUUAGUUUUAGCACACUCCAAGGAUAUAAAAAAAUAAUAAAUAAAUUGUGCCUACACAAUACAUGUAUCUACAAAAUAACAAACCAAACAAUAUUAAUACCUAUGAAUGUCUUUGCGUGUGAUUUCGAUAAAACUGUGAACCUGAAAAAGGAAGCAAGCAAAACGUAUCGCAAUUGUGUAUAAAACAUUUUGAAGCUGGUUGUGUUGACUACGCUAUUAGCCAAUAACGCAUAUUUAAUUUAUUGUAUAUAAGAAAGAGUUUAGCACAAAAAUGUUAUAAAAGCGAGCAAUAUAUGCGUAUUCACAGCGAGUGGUGAAACUGUUAGAUUUUGUUAUAAUUUUAUUAGUACUCAAUGCUUAAGAACCUAUUCUUAUUAUAAAUAAAUGAAUUGAAAAUA